AUGGCGGGAUCGAAAACUGAGACCGCUGUGCGCUUCCCUGAGAGGGACAGCCAGACCCGUCGUCUGCGCAACCAAACCACCCAAGACCGCAAGGCUGUAGCUCGGAUGCGUGCUCAGGCUUCUUCGGCUCAAAGCAGGGUUGCGAAGGCUACUGCUGGUGAGGAGUGGACGCCAGUCGAGAACUUCGAGACCACCAUGGACCAGGACGGCAACCCGGUGCCUGAUAUGGCGUAUACCGACUAUGAAAAGAUGACCAAGCACAAGGGUACCCAAGACGAGGCCGAUGACUACGAGGCUGCCAAUGCAGACUUUGACUAA